UAGCAUGAAUAAAUUCAGCAAGCCAAGAAUUAUGUUAGGGUCCUUCCUUGUUGGUGAUUUGGGGCCCAGUUCUGCUUUGAUGCAGCUCUCAUGUGAAGUUAAUUUCAGCAGACGAUGCCUCAGUGGCAGCGUGUGUUUGAAAUUCGUUUCCCAUAUGGGAAACACAUAGGGCAGUUUUCUUAUAGCAUGUGAGUGUUGGGGAGGCUUUUCUAGUGUGAUGUUCUGUAUGUUUAGUGUUGUUUCAUGAGGGAAAAUGGAUUUGAGAGAGUGAGCAGUGAGCUAAGAGCAUGCAGUACAUUCAGGGUAAGCCUGAAUUGGGCAUCAGCAGAACCACUUCACGACUAGCCCUUUGACUUUCCGGAAUCCUGGUUAGUUUUAAGCUAGAACCUUCUUUUCUUUCUCCUCUUCUUUGUGUCUAGCCUCCAACCCUCACCCCAUCUUCAGCUUAAAACCUCUUACAAAUAGCAUCCCAAAGGCAUCAUUCAUGAAGCUGAACAGUUUUGAAAAGAGCAAGGGAAGUUACUCACUUUUUUUCCAGUGAGCUCCUAUGGGCAGUGGAACUCUAAGGUAAUUGUCAACCAUUGUGGAAAGCAAUAUUUUCAUUUGGUUAACAUAUUUGGACCCAUUCAAUCCUCUGUACUAGCAUUAGAAAGAUGAUUUCCAUCUAUUCCUAAUGAAAAUAGGUUUUAUUUCUUUGAAACAUUUAAAGGAACAAAAGCUUAAAUUCCAAAUAUUCCUAAAACCCUAAAAAGGGUUUCAUUUUUGAAUGAGCAUUGGAAGAAAAUGGUCAUUUGUAGCACAGACCCUACCUAAACAUAGUCCACCAUUCCCUCCCGAUUGAAAGUUAGACAGUUUAUAUGAAAGUCAGGAAUCUGAAAUCCUCUUUCGUGGGGGGAGCACAAAAGAUGACUUUUGCAGACCCAGAGCAGAGUUUGAGCCGGGUGGAAUGAGAUUAGUGUGCUGGGGGGAACGUCCGGACCCCUGGCCUUCUCUCCUUUGUGAGGAAUGUGACAGCUGAAAGGAGUCAGAAGCCGCCCGGUGCAGCAGUGACAGCCCAGCAGUGACAGCCCAGCACAAAGGGUGGUGUGCUAUCCGACCUCCGGCCGCCCUUUGCUAGACCUUCAAUUGUAGUCUGGGGCCCAGACUUUGCAUUUUUCUCUUUUAUGGCUUAAUUUAAUUUUAUGUCUAACCAGUUUUUUAGAGUGAAGGCCUUCUUUGUUGCCCCGAGGCUUUGUGCCCGUUGGACUGGAAAUUACAUGAGCUGGGGGUUCUUGCCAGGCUGUGUGAGCAGGAGCCCGCUGCUCUUCCCCACUCAGGUGAAGGAAAUACUCGUGACCAGCCAGAUGUCUUAAGGAAUGCUUUUGAAAAGAACAGAGGCGUACAACAUUAUUACGACAACAGAGAAGCAAGUUGGCUUUGAAGAAACUGUAUUCUGAGGAUGUUGUUUGCUUUGGGCUAAAAAAAGAAAAAAUACAACUACAGACAAAGCCUUUAUAUCUGCAAGUAUUAUGGCGUGGUCAGUAGCAAUGUAAUUAGAUUUACAUCAGUCUUCCUGGUGAGACUUGGAGGCUCUUCCUCGGUAGACAUGAGUGACCCAAGGCAGUCACAAGAAGAGAAGCACAAGCUAGGCAGAGCCUCUUCAAAGUUCAAGGAUCCCCCUAGAAUCAUGCAGUCAGAUGAUUAUUUUGCUCGGAAAUUUAAAGCCAUUAAUGGCAACAUGGGACCCACUACUUCUUUAAAUGCCUCGAAUUCCAAUGAGACUGGCGGUGGUGGUCCGGCUAAUGGUACCCCAGCUGUGCCCAAGAUGGGUGUGAGAGCAAGGGUGUCUGAAUGGCCUCCUAAAAAGGACUGUUCCAAGGAGCUAACAUGCAAGGCACUGUGGGAAAGCCGGUCUCAGACCAGUUAUGAAAGCAUCACUUCCGUCCUGCAGAAUGGGCAGAGUGACCAGAGUGAAGGUCAGCAAGAUGAACAGCUCGAUCUGGACUUCGUGGAGGCCAAGUACACAAUCGGAGACAUCUUUGUCCAUUCCCCCCAAAGAGGACUUCACCCCAUAAGACAGAGGAGCAAUAGUGAUGUCACUAUCAGUGACAUUGAUGCCGAAGAUGUCUUAGACCAAAAUGCAGUCAACCCCAACACCGGGGCUGCCCUGCACAGGGAGUACGGAAGUACUUCAUCCAUCGACAGGCAAGGCUUAUCUGGUGAAAACUUUUUCGCUAUGCUCAGAGGAUACCGAGUAGAAAAUUAUGACCACAAAGCAAUGGUCCCUUUUGGGUUCCCUGAAUUUUUCCGCUGUGACCCUGCAAUCUCUCCGAGCCUUCAUGCAGCAGCACAGAUUUCUAGGGGAGAAUUUGUCCGCAUCUCAGGAUUAGAUUACGUGGACAGUGCCCUCCUGAUGGGGAGAGACAGGGACAAGCCUUUCAAACGGAGGUUGAAAUCAGAGUCGGUGGAAACAUCUCUCUUCCGAAAGCUUCGAACUGUUAAAAGUGAGCACGAAACUUUGAAGUUCACAUCUGAGCUGGAGGAGAGCCGACUGGAGAGGGGCAUUCGCCCUUGGAAUUGUCAGCGAUGUUUUGCACAUUAUGAUGUCCAGAGCAUUUUGUUUAAUAUCAACGAAGCCAUGGCUACGAGGGCUAAUGUGGGGAAAAGGAAAAACAUAACCACUGGGGCUUCUGCAGCAUCCCAGACUCAGACGCCUACGGGCCAGACAGGCAACUGUGAGUCCCCUUUAGGGAGCAAGGAGGACCUCAACUCCAAAGAGAACCUGGAUGCCGAUGAGGGUGACGGGAAAAGUAACGACCUCGUCCUUAGUUGUCCUUACUUUAGAAAUGAGACUGGAGGGGAAGGCGACAGGCGGAUUGCGCUCUCUCGAGCCAACUCAUCCUCUUUCAGUUCUGGGGAAAGCUGCUCUUUCGAAUCGUCACUCAGCUCUCACUGCACAAAUGCAGGUGUCUCGGUCUUGGAAGUGCCCAGAGAAAACCAGCCCAUUCACAGGGAGAAAGUGAAGCGCUACAUCAUAGAACACAUUGACCUUGGGGCCUAUUAUUACCGCAAAUUCUUCUAUGGGAAAGAGCACCAAAACUACUUUGGAAUAGAUGAAAACCUUGGUCCAGUAGCAGUCAGCAUCCGGAGAGAGAAGGUGGAAGAUGCCAAGGAGAAAGAAGGAUCCCAGUUCAACUACAGGGUGGCUUUCAGGACAAGUGAGCUUACAACACUGAGAGGAGCAAUUUUAGAAGAUGCUAUACCCUCUACUGCUAGGCAUGGUACCGCACGAGGACUACCUCUCAAAGAAGUUUUGGAAUACGUCAUUCCAGAGCUGAGCAUUCAGUGUUUGCGACAGGCUUCCAACUCACCCAAGGUCUCAGAGCAGCUGCUCAAGCUUGAUGAACAAGGGCUGAGCUUUCAGCACAAGAUCGGGAUCCUUUAUUGCAAAGCAGGCCAGAGCACAGAGGAAGAGAUGUAUAACAAUGAGACGGCGGGACCAGCUUUUGAAGAAUUCCUUGAUCUUCUGGGCCAGAGAGUCCGACUGAAAGGAUUUAGUAAAUAUCGAGCUCAGCUAGACAAUAAGACUGAUUCCACGGGCACGCACUCUCUCUAUACCACAUACAAAGACUACGAACUCAUGUUCCACGUGUCAACCCUGCUUCCCUACAUGCCCAACAACAGACAACAGCUACUGAGGAAAAGGCACAUAGGAAAUGACAUCGUCACCAUCGUCUUCCAGGAGCCUGGGGCACUUCCUUUUACUCCAAAAAGCAUCCGGUCUCACUUUCAGCAUGUCUUUGUCAUAGUCAAAGUGCAUAAUCCAUGUACCGAAAAUGUGUGUUAUAGUGUUGGAGUUUCCAGAUCAAAAGAUGUGCCACCAUUUGGCCCACCGAUUCCCAAGGGUGUAACUUUUCCAAAGUCAGCCGUGUUCCGGGACUUCCUUUUAGCCAAAGUAAUCAAUGCAGAAAAUGCAGCCCAUAAAUCAGAAAAGUUUCGAGCAAUGGCCACUCGAACGAGGCAAGAGUACUUGAAAGAUCUGGCGGAGAACUUUGUCACAACCGCCACCGUGGAUACCUCUGUGAAGUUCAGCUUCAUUACGCUGGGUGCAAAGAAAAAGGAGAAGGUAAAGCCAAGGAAGGACGCCCACUUGUUUAGCACUGGAGCCGUCAUGUGGCAUGUGAUAGCUCGGGACUUCGGCCAGUCUGCUGACAUCGAAUGUCUUCUCGGGAUUUCCAAUGAGUUCAUCAUGUUGAUUGAAAAGGAUUCCAAGAAUGUUGUAUUCAACUGUUCCUGCAGGGAUGUUAUUGGGUGGACAUCUGGAUUAGUGAGUAUCAAAGUGUUUUACGAAAGAGGAGAAUGUGUCCUCCUGUCCUCGGUAGACAACUGUGCUGAAGACAUCAGGGAAAUUGUUCAGCGAUUAGUAAUAGUGACGAGAGGCUGCGAGACUGUGGAAAUGACCCUGAGGAGGAACGGGCUGGGCCAGCUUGGCUUCCAUGUGAAUUUUGAAGGAAUUGUCGCAGACGUGGAACCUUUUGGCUUUGCCUGGAAGGCUGGCCUUCGCCAAGGGAGCCGCCUUGUGGAGAUCUGCAAAGUAGCCGUGGCCACUCUGACCCACGAGCAGAUGAUCGACCUGCUCCGCACUUCUGUGACUGUGAAGGUGGUCAUCAUCCAGCCCCAUGAUGACGGCUCGCCCCGAAGAGGGUGUUCAGAGCUCUGCCGGAUCCCUAUGGUGGAAUAUAAACUCGACAGCGAGGGCACCCCCUGCGAGUAUAAAACCCCCUUCAGGAGGAACACCACGUGGCACCGGGUGCCCACUCCUGCCCUGCAGCCCCUCUCUAGAGCUUCCCCCAUCCCCGGCACGCCCGACCGGCUGCCGUGCCAACAGCUGCUCCAGCAGGCCCAGGCCGCCAUUCCUCGAAGCACCUCCUUCGACCGGAAGCUGCCCGAUGGCACGAGAAGCUCACCCAGCAACCAGUCAUCCUCCAGCGAUCCUGGACCCGGCGGGAGCGGACCCUGGAGACCACAAGUGGGCUACGACGGGUGCCAGUCCCCUCUACUGCUCGAACACCAGGGCUCAGGCCCUUUGGAAUGUGACGGAGCCAGGGAGAGGGAAGACACCAUGGAAGCAAGCAGGCACCCGGAAACCAAAUGGCAUGGCCCACCUUCCAAAGUCCUGGGUUCCUAUAAAGAAAGAGCUCUGCAGAAAGAUGGAAGUUGCAAAGAUUCCCCCAAUAAGCUUUCUCACAUUGGGGAUAAAAGUUGCUCCAGUCACUCCAGUAGCAACACGCUGUCCAGCAACACCUCCAGCAACAGUGACGACAAGCACUUUGGGUCUGGCGACCUGAUGGACCCCGAAUUACUGGGGCUGACCUACAUCAAAGGGGCCUCCACCGACAGUGGCAUCGACACGGCCCCGUGCAUGCCUGCCACCAUCCUCGGCCCUGUGCACCUGGCAGGCAGCAGGUCCCUGAUCCACAGCCGGGCUGAGCAGUGGGCUGAUGCUGCCGACGUCUCUGGGCCUGACGACGAGCCAGCCAAGUUAUAUUCUGUGCAUGGCUACGCGUCCGCCAUCUCCGCCGGCAGUGCUGCGGAAGGCAGCAUGGGCGAUCUCAGUGAGAUAUCCUCUCAUUCCAGUGGUUCUCACCAUUCAGGAAGCCCUUCAGCUCACUGUUCAAAAAAUAGUGGGUCUCUGGAUUCAUCCAAAGUCUACAUCGUGUCUCACAGCAGCGCACAACAGGUUCCCGGGUCCAUGUCCAAGCCCUACCACAGACAAGGGGCAGUGAACAAAUAUGUCAUCGGCUGGAAGAAAUCGGAGGGCAGCCCACCGCCCGAGGAGCCUGAAGUGACUGAAUGUCCCGGGAUGUAUAGUGAGAUGGAUGUCAUGUCCACAGCAACUCAGCAUCAGACAGUGGUGGGAGAUGCUGUUGCAGAGACUCAACAUGUUCUGUCUAAAGAAGAUUUUCUGAAAUUGAUGCUUCCUGACAGCCCCUUAGUGGAGGAGGGGCGAAGAAAGUUUUCGUUCUAUGGGAACCUGUCUCCAAGGAGGUCGCUUUACCGCACGCUGUCUGACGAGAGCAUCUGCAGCAACAGGAGGGGGUCCUCCUUUGGCAGUUCCCGGAGUUCCAUGCUUGACCAAGCCCUGCCCAACGACAUUCUGUUCAGCACCACCCCACCCUACCACAGCACGCUGCCUCCGCGGACCCACCCCGCACCCAGCAUGGGGAGCCUGAGAAAUGAGUUCUGGUUCUCCGAUGGGUCCUUAUCAGAUAAGUCCAAGUGCGCAGAUCCUGGCCUGAUGCCCCUCCCGGACACAGCCACAGGGUUAGAUUGGACCCACCUCGUGGACGCUGCACGGGCAUUUGAAGGUCUUGACUCAGAUGAAGAACUGGGGCUGCUCUGUCACCACACGUCCUAUCUAGACCAGAGGGUGGCAUCCUUCUGCACCCUGACAGAUAUGCAGCAUGGGCAGGACCUGGAAGGGGCCCAAGAGCUGCCCUUAUGUGUAGAUCCAGGCAGUGGCAAAGAGUUCAUGGACACAACUGGGGAGCGUUCUCCAUCACCACUGACCGGGAAAGUCAAUCAGCUGGAAUUAAUUCUUCGACAACUCCAGACCGACCUUCGGAAGGAAAAACAAGACAAGGCCGUUCUCCAAGCAGAAGUGCAGCACCUGAGACAGGACAACAUGAGGCUGCAGGAGGAGUCCCAGACCGCGACAGCUCAGCUGCGGAAAUUCACAGAAUGGUUUUUCACCACCAUCGACAAAAAAUCUUAGCCAAUCCGCACCUCAUCAAGGGACCACUGGGAAAUGCCCCUUGUCCCUUUGAAGUCACAAACAUGUGGUUUUUCUGUGUGCUUUCAACCAGUCGUAGAUGUUUUUGCUGUUCCAUUCUGUGUAGCACCAUUCACCACAGCAGGAUAGGGAGCCUCGACUCUUUCUCGGUAACCACGGCAGAGAGCAGCGCCGACGUGAAGAUGAAUGCAUGUAACUCCUGGUGCGAAGAUGAAGGUAAACCCUGGCGACAGUUGAAACCUUUUUCUUUUAGACUCUGCUAAAACAAGGCUGUGGCUUGGGCUUACCUCAAGAGGGAAGAUAGUUGAGUUUUAUUUCCUGUAUAUCAGGUGACCUGGUAGAGAUGUAAAGCAAUUGACCAUAGUUUGGGCUUUAGUAUUGUAAAAUAAACAUGAGAACAAAUAAUCAGACGUAUACUUUAAUGUAAAGGUGCUCUAUUUUUUUGGAUGUACAGUAGUUUUAUUUCCACAGCCACAUUACCAUAGCAAUAAGAAAGGAGGCAUAGUACAUAGUUGGAAAAGCUUUGUGGGGGAAUUAAAAAAAAAAAAAGCACUGUUGUGUCUAACACUAGUUCACAUGCAGUUACCUUAGAGACUUAUUUAUUUGCAGGAACAAAUGGUGCCUGAAUAUUAACAGUGUUCUGAUUAAAAACAAAAAAAAGAUACACAUGCCUUGUAAAUGGCUCACCGAGUGGUCAGUAGUCACUUCAACUCUAGUUCACUUUUGUAUAGUUGCUCUGCUGGAAAGAAAUGAGAGUGAAUCUGCUUACUCACUAGAACUUCCCUGUGUGCUGUGAGCCAGCGGAACCACUUGUACAAUGCCAGAUUUGUUUAUCUUUGUACAGAAGCUUUGAUGAAGUGUCUUGUAUUUAACACCCUUAUUUAAGCUUAUUUAACCUUAAAUUGUUAAUUUUAUAAAAUUUGGUUUGGCCUGCACUACGAUGAGGGAUGGAGGUAGCUGCAGGCUCAGAAGAGACUGAGCUUGCACAGAUCAGACCGAGAAGCAGGGUGAGAGAUUCUAACGACUGGAUGCUGCUAGUAACACAUUGUUUGUAUUGCUUUACCAUUUUUAACUGUUAGAUUUGAGAUGAACAUACAUUUUGCUUUUUUAAUAAAUGUUUAAAAGAAGUCCACAUAAGAAA